AUGAAGAGCGUGGGUCCGACGUGGCAUAUAGCCGUUACAGUCCCACAUGGCCGUUUCAAUGCUUACGUGGCACUCCUUUUUAAAUUUUUCUUCUCCCAGUAG